ACCGACCAAUGAAAUCGACUAAACCAAAAAAAAACUUUGUGGUUUUGUCUUGACGUCUGUCUGUUUGGUCUGUCUCAAAGGUCUAUAUAACUUGAGCGACUUUGUCGUACUAAUAAAAUAAAAUAAAUUAACGUGCGCCUCAAUUUUUGCAUGGCAGUAAAAAUGAAACUUUUGAUGAAAUGUAUCAUUUCACCACGAUUGUACAAAAUAUACAAAGAUGGACCACAAGAUAGUAUGUACCAGCCAUUGCCCCUGGAGAGGUGGGCAGACAAAGUCAUAACUUCAACGAGUACCAUCUUCAACAUUGGCAUGUACACCUCACCAUUUAUAUGCAUGUAUAUAUACAAAAAGGGGCUGUCUGUAAUUGAGGAGAACAAAUAUGGAUUACUCCGCUUCUUCAGUGGCCUUGGGUGUCUCCUAGCGUUGUCAUUUGUGCUCAGAGGAGUGGGCCGGGUGUACAACCAGAAGUACAUAGAUUUCAUCAAUGCCCUAACUGGACCUAUGGUAGAUAAGAAAACAUAUUUAAAUGAAUUGAGAAAAUAUGACUUUGAAUUCCAUGCAUGGCCCACUACUUACACUGUAGCUAUGAAACCCAGUGAAUCCUGGCUCUCAAAGUUUUCAUUCAACAAGACUUGUGCUAACUCAGAUUUGCCAUUGUAUCAGCGAGCCCCCUUAAAAGUUUUAGCAUUUAUAGCUACCCAUGCCUUUGGACUCAGAUUAAUAUACCCUGGCUCUUUGGGUAUUGUGGCCAACAUGUUUUGGACCCCGCUGUUCCAAGGCCGAGCUCAACUGGUCGAAAACUACAACGGUCAACGUGCGAAACUCCGCACAGCCGAAGGGAACUACAUCGAUACAAUGUUUGUGGACAAACGGGGACAAUAUAGUAACAAAGGGAAGAUUCUCGUGGUGUGCUGUGAAGGGAACUCGGGCUUCUAUGAGAUUGGGAUCAUGACGACGCCGGUUAGGGCCGGGUAUUCGGCUAUUGGGUGGAAUCACCCUGGUUUUGCGGGGAGUACGGGUCUGCCCUAUCCGUGCCAAGAGGAGAACGCCAUAGACGCCGUCCUUCAGUACUCCAUCAACGAGCUGAAGUUUCUGCCGGAGCACAUCAUCAUGUACGGAUGGAGUAUCGGCGGCUACACGGCCACGUGGGCCGCCGUCAACUAUCCCGUCAAAGGAUUGGUACUGGACGCAACAUUCGACGACCUUCUGCCGCUGGCCAGGAACGUGAUGCCGUCGUCUUGGUCGCUGCUGGUGAAGGAAGUGGUCCGUUCCCACGUGGACCUGCAUGUGGCCGAGCUGAUCAAGAAGUACCAAGGCGCGGUGCAGCUGAUCCGCAGGACUGACGACGAAAUCAUCUGUCUCAGCCCCGGGAACUUGGCCACCAACCGCGGUAACGAGCUGCUGGCAACCCUGAUCGAACACCGCCACCCUUUGGAAGAUGGUCUGGAUGCGACCGCGUGGCUGCUGGCCCUAUGGAAACACAUAAACGUGGCCGAAGGCAAGAGGCCCCUUGCCACAGUCGUGGCGCUUACGGAGUACGACAGAAGGGCGAUUAAACUGAUCGGCAAAUACAUGCGCGACUACCAAUCGACACACUGCACGCCACUUCCUGUCGACCACUUCGAAAGCGUGAUGAGGAAUAUCGAAAGCGGCGCGUGUAGCGCGGAGCCUCGCAUCGCAAACGAGGAAUAAUUUCCUCAUGACUUUAACUUGACAGUUUCUUUACGAAGGUAUACUGAAAAUCUACUUCCAUUGUAUUGUGUCCACAAUAUUAUUCCAUUUUCCGUGGUUGUGUCGUUGGUUUCAAUCUCGUGAUGAGCUUAUUUUAAUUAAAAUAUGUUGUCUUUUUUUUCUUUUUCGUGUGUCGAUGUUCGUCUACUAAUCUACUUAUUACAUCAACUUUUAAACAUUGAAAUAUCUGAUCAAGUGAACCAUGGAUUUCGACCAAUCAACGGACAGAUAUGUAAAUACUAAUUUGACAACCUUAAAUUUGCGCUCAUUUACUUUGAAAUUAACUAUAGAUAUGUUUGUGAGAGAUUUUUGUGUGAUAUAACUAUAAAUCACUAAAUAGGUCAACCUUUAGGGUUGGAUUACAUUUAGAAGUUGUAAAACAGUGGUCAUAUCGGUUUUAUUCGCGUUGUAUUACGUGUAUGUAUUUUUACAUAGCUCAAAGAGAGCGUAUACACGAAUAUUUGACAUAAAUUGCAACAUAUCAGUUGUACACGAUCCUGAGAAAAACUCAUUUUUUUUAAAUUAAGACAGACUUAAAAUGCGGUUGUUGUUCUUAAGAAAAAGAUUUUUUUAAAAUGUGAUAAGGCAGUCUCAAAAAAUAACGGCUGCUAAUAAAUAAUCAAAUUCUCUGCAACUAAUUGGCCAGUCAAUUUCCUGGGUACAUGCUGAUUUCAGUGGACUCUGUGAAAGUACAUGCUAAAAAUUAGCUUUAUUAUUCAAAAUCCGCUUGGAUUUUAUUCUUUAGUCAUUUGCAAUAUGUAUUGAUGUUACCUACUUGCAAUUUGCUCCCGUUCCUCAGCUCACAUAAUAUUAUAUUAGGAUAACUAAAUAUACGAUCCAAUUAAUCAGGACUCGAUUAAAAGUAGAAAUUGACUAGGUAUCAAUAUUUUUUCAUCCUUUCUUGUCGAGUGUUUUAUUGAUAACAAUGAUAUCGACAUUGAGAUUUUAUUCAAGUCGCCUAAUGUUAUUUGACAUGACUUUAAAACUGCCGCCUUGUGACAAAUAGUCGCAUACACAUUAAAAUUAUCAACCAAUGUUUUCCUGUCGUGAUGUUUUCCCUCAGUGGAAUCAAGUGGAGGUCUAUGAAAACACUACACUGUAUAUAUGAGUCAGAUUGGAAUAAUACAUUGGAAUUAUCAUGUGGAAUGAAUAGGAUUUGAAGAUGGGACCUCCCGAUCACAUGCACUGCACAGGCGUCUCAGCCAUCACUUAAUUUUCAUUCAGUCUUGUCAUUCCGGAGAAUAGUUUAUUUAAUUAUAUUGAAUGCUUUAAAAUAAAUCUUCGUGAGCUUUGUUAUGUUUGUAUAGAUUCAAGAUUUUUUUGUCAAUGUAAACUAUACUUCUAUGUAACACUGAUUUGUUAUUGUGAAUUGUCAUCGGCAAUAUACUGCAUUUAUGGAGUAAAAGCCGGCCUCAUUGCUACGUUGCGCUCCUCCGUUGUUUCAACGUACGUAAAUACGUCGAAACUUAUGGAAAACGGAGACUAUGAGAAACGGAGCCGCAAAGCGUUGCGUUGCACGCAACGGCACACAACGGAGCAAUCAGGCCUAGCUCUAAGCCAACGACGCUACACGCAAUUCACUUGUAUGUAUGUGACUUUAUUUAUUUAGGUAAUUAAUGGUGAUUGUGUCUUGAUAUUGUAACGUUUGUUUGAUGUUUUAUAUCAAAAUAUUCAAUAUUGAUUUUUCUAAUAUUGUAUUAUUACAAUUAUAUUCAUUGUUGUUUUUUUGUGCAAUAGUUGAUUCAUAAAUUAUUGAUGAUUUGCAACUCUUACAUAAUAUACUCUAUUGGUACUGUUCGUAUACUAUAAGUUGCUGUUAACUAACUGGGUCAAAACUAAAUUAAAAGUUUUUUCACUUAAAUUUAUAUUAUAAAUACCUCUUUAUUAUAUGAAUGAUAACAAUUCUGUUGUUGCUUAUUGCAUUUUGAAAAGACUAUUUUUGAUAUGGUUUUUUAUUUGACAUUUUAACUAAACAAGAAGUUAUUAUUUUAUUUUACAUACCUAAGAGCAUGACCUCGAGCGUUCCACGCCGCGUUGCGUGUAUUGUAUGUCAGAACAUUAGCGCGCCGAUGUAGAACAAGGGAGCGGCAACGUUAUACCGACGCAACGGAACCAUGAGGCCGCGCUCUAUUGCAAUUUAAAAUGGGUGACAUUUUGAAAUUAUAUACCAAGAUAAAGAGAGUGUAAUAAUGUGUAAUGGUAGGUGUUUAGUUUUGAGAAUAUAGUCUACCUAGUAGAAAGUUACAUUUCUAUCCUACGUAUUAUGAUUAUGAAGAUUUUAACUUCAAAAAUGAAUCUUUUUAUUUACAAAAACAUAUAUAUUUAUUCUUCUUAAGUGACACUUUAUUUUGCAUUUUUAAGUACCAAAAUAUUCUUACAUGUUGUCAUGAAAUUUAUGGUGAUAUGGUGAUGGAUUUAGUUUUGGUGUAGAUUACAAAUAAAACAGCAAUUGCAAAUCUGAGAUAAAAAAAUGUUGACUAUGGUUUGUUUAUGGUACAUAGUCUACAUGUUACUAGGUAUUCAAAAACUGUCUAGUAAUACCUAGGAUACCAGAUACACUUUUUGGUACUAGGCAUAUAUAGUUUAACAUCAUGGCAUUUUGACGGUUAAGGCUUCACAGAGUGUAUCCUACACUUCCGACAAUGUCUAUUUAUUAAAUAAAGUGUUUAGACUAAGACUAAAUCUAUAACUUAAUAAAUCUGAAAUAUGUACA